AUGCGGGCGCCGCACUUCCACGCGUGGCAUGCGCAGGCGCGGACAGCGGUGGGCGCCCGAUGCGGCUCCGUUCAGGCGCCAGGUUAUGCGACUUAUACGCCGCGACAGGGCGCAGCGUAUUGGAUUGGCUCACUGAAUCCCGGCCGCCAGACAAUAUGCACAGCUCAUGGGGCCGUUCCGGACGCGUACAGACUACGCGCCGUGCGCAAUCGGUCACGGAUACGGCGGUGCUACUCCUCGUCCGCACCCACGCCGCCGCCAUCAGAGACAAAUGACAGCAAUGCCGGCAGCGAGAGCAAGUGCCAGCAGAGCAGACACGGCGACAGCGCUGGUUCCAGCUCCGGCUCCGGCUCCGAUUCCGGCUCCGAUUCCGGUUCGCUGGGCGCCAAAAUGCUCGAGUCGGCGGCAACAUCGCUGGCGUCCAUCCUGAUGCUCGCGCUGGGCUUUGGCGCUGCGGGCUACGGGUACCACCGGUACUACAAGCACCUCGUGCUCCGCAAGAUGGUCCUGGCGUUUGAGCCGGGCGACCCCGUGCUGGAGCUGGCAUCCAUGGGCCGCGGCGUGCCGCAGCACCUGGCGGGCGCUGCGGCGGGCAUGAUGCACGCGGCCGACGAGAGUCACGACCUUGCGCUGGAAAAGGGCGAGGGUGAAGGUGAGAGAGAGGGUGGGGACGGCGACGACGGUCGCGGCAACUACUGGAUCGAGCGGCCGGAGCAAAAAAAGGUCAACGACAUUGUGGGCGGGCGCGAGAUUGGGCACUACCACCUGUUUAUUGGCGAAAAGGGCACGGGCAAGAGCAGCAUGCAGCUGGAGGCGAUGGCGCAGAUCGACGGCGAGGGCGUGUCCAUGUUCGACGCGCACGCCGACCUCGAGAUCUUCCGGAUCCGCCUGGGCAAGGCGCUGAACUACGAGUUCAAUGAGGACUACAUUGGCGGGUAUUUCAGCGAGCGAGGGCCCCGCGAGAGCACGGCGCUGCUGGACAUUGAGCGGGCGCUGAACAAACUCGAAAAGGUGGCGCUGCGGCAGCGCAACCGCACGCAGGCCGGCAAGGCACGCCGCCCGCUGGUCGUGAUUGUCAACCAGAUGCACCUGAUUCGCGACGACGACGACGGGCGCGACCUCAUCGAGCUGCUCCAACAGCGCGCCGAGCAGUGGGCGGCCGCCGGCCUUGUGACGAUGGUGUUCAACAGCGACGACUACUGGGUGUACGAGCGGCUCAAGCAGCUGGCGGCGCGCAUGGAGGUGCACAGCAUCCAAGACCUCGCGCGGCACCCGGCCAUGGUGACGCUGCAGCGGUUCCGGUGGCGGUACUUUGGCGAGCGCGUCAGCAACGCGACGGCGUCCGAGGUAUACGACCACGUUGGCGGGCGGCUGACGUUUCUGAACCGCGUGGCGCGCAGCUCCGAUAUGCUGGCAACGUGCCGGCGGAUCAUCGACGCAGAGAAGACGUGGUUCCUCAACCAGUGCUGGGUGCUGGGCAGCGACAUGGACGACGAUGUCAUGGACCAGCAAAAGUGGGCCGCAGCGGCCAUGGUCCUGGCUCAGGCGCUUGUCGACAAAGAGGCAGAGGAGGCGGCCGAGGCGGCAGGCAAACCCAAUGCCGGCGGUGGCGAGGAAGACCCAAAUGCAGGUACGGCCGUUGCUGCCGCUGUGGCUGCCUCUGGUGCUUCGGGUGUCAGCAAUCCCAACGACAACACGACGACGGACGCGCCGGUGGAGCGCAGGCAGCUGCCGUCGUUUGCGCUGCACGAAGCACAGCAGAUUAUGACGCGGGCCGACUUUGUGCGGGAGAUGGACCGGCGCAACCUGUUUACGAUUGCGAGCAACGGGCAGGUCCGGGCGUCCUCGGUGCCGAUGCAAGAGGCGCUGCGGCAGAUCUGCGGGGCGCCCGGGUUCCGGCAGCACCUGGAUGCGACGGUGCAGCGGAUCGCCGACAUUGAGAGUCUCGGCCGCACGCGCGAGCUUGUGGCCAAGGAUCUGGUGCUGGGCGGCCGAUACGAGCUGUCGACGCCGGGCGCAGCUGGUGCCGGUUUGCUGUCGUCGGGCAAGGGCGGCUCCAAAAAGACGGAGGUCCGGUUCCGUGGCUGGAGUCCGCACGAGCGGCCGCCGCGCGAUCAGCCGGAGCCAGGCAGCGAUGACGACACGUGA